AUGGCACGAUAUCUAGCAUUUCUUUGGUGUUUUCUGUCUAUACUCGCAUUACUGAGCGUUCACGUACCACAUACUCCUUCGAGCCUGGUCAGCGGUCGGGCAGCCUCACCGCUCGACUUGGACACUUCGUUUGGCCAGCGACAAGCCCGGUACGAGCAGUACCUAGCCGAUGGUGGCAACGAUGCUGUUCACAAGGCCUGGUCUCGCCUACGAGAUCUGGAACCGCAAUGGAAAGAAGCAUACUCAACGAGCGGCUCGACAGGGCUGAUGGGAAGCGCAUGGUACUACACAAAGGCUCUAUUGAGGGUCUUGUUCGUGAACGCGCCUUCGACCACCCCAACUUCGGCUAAAGCCACAUAUACGCUGAGGCCUGGCCUGAGGAAAGCUGUCGAUGACCUCGAAGCCAGUGCGGCGUACGAUGACCCGGACGCCAUAUAUUUGUUGGCUGAGAUGAGUCUGCAUGGCAACUUCACGCAUCCACGGGACCCUCAGCGGGCUUUGCAUUGGUACUCGCAACUUGCGAGCCUCAACGGGAACAGCACAGCACAGUCUAUGGCGGGCUUAUUGUAUGCCACGGGCAUUGGAGGAGUCGAGACAAACCAGGCAAAAGCAAUGCUAUACCAUCAGUUCGCUGCUGAUAAUGGCAACACUCGAUCGGAAAUGACUCUGGCAUUCCGCUACCAUUCGGGCAUCGGCACACCUCGAAGUUGUGACGACGCAGUCAAAUACUACAAGCGUGUCGCCGACAAGGCAAUGGCAUUUUGGGAAGCCGGUCCUCCAGGCGGUGCGCAACUACCGCGGAACGCUUACCGAUGGGCCGAGGUGACAGGAGGCGUUUACGGAGAAGGAGCCAGUCACAGUAGUUCAGGGCCGAACGCUAGACGCGGCGACGCCCACGAUCACAAAAACUUUGAGAACAUCCUCGAGUACUACAUGAUGAACGAAGCCUCUGGAGAUAUUAGCGCUACCUUCAUGCUGGGAAAGCAUUACUAUGACCCACCACGUGGCUAUAAGCGCAACCUUCGUGCUGCACGACGGCAAUUCGCGAAAGUAGCCGGCAUGUACUGGGGCAAAGACGGCAAGAUCAACGCGAAAGCACCCGAGAACACCGAGAAAUGGGCUGGUAAGGCAGCUGCAUAUAUCGGAAGGAUGUUCUUGAGGGGCGAAGGCAUGGAGCAGAACUUUGAGAGCGCCAUCACGUGGUUCGACCGCGGGAUUUCUAACGGUGACCCUUAUGCCCAAUAUCACAAAGGUCUGAUGUACCGAGACGGACUUGGUGUUCCACAAGACGGCGCCAGGGCUGGCAACUUCCUCAAAGCAUCCGCAGAGCAGGGUUUCGCUCUUGCGCAAUCGGCUCUCGGCGUCAUGUUCCUGGACCAAGACGACGUUGAGACCGCCGCUCGCUAUUUCCAGCUGGCGGCCUCCGCAGGCAUCAUGGAAGCCUUUUACUACCUCGCCGAAAUCACCCACCUCGGCAUGGGCCGUCAACGAGACUGCGGCCUCGCCACUGUCUACUACAAAGUAGUCGCCGAACGCGCAGAAAACGUACACUCCGCCUUCCUCGAAGCCAACAACGCCUACGAGCGCGGCGAUUACGAGCGAGCAUUUAUACCCAUGCUAAUGGCCGCCGAACAAGGCUACGAGUCGGCGCAAGCCAACGUCGCCCAUCUCCUCGACCAAAGCACUUCGUACCUCUCCCUCGGCACCAUCCCCUUCGUCUCCCAACCGCCCAAAUCCACCGGCUCCCGCCUCCUCAACAACGUCGGCCUGGCUCUCGUCUACUUCACCCGCUCAGCCAAGCAAGCCAACAUCGACUCCCUCGUCAAAAUGGGCGACUACUACUCCUCAGACCUACCCGCAAUAGCAGCUUCUCAAGCCCAAAACGCGCCAGCAGCCGCAUUCCCAUCACCUAUUGCAUCUGGAUUCCCGGACCAUGAGAAAGCAGUCACCUGCUACACCACCGCCGCCGACGGCCACCAUUCGGCGCAAGCAUACUGGAACUUGGGUUGGCUGCACGAAAACGGCUUCGGGAGCGUGAAGCAAGACUUCCAUCUCGCGAAGCGGAACUAUGACAUGGCGUACGAGCUGAAUAAGGACGAAGCGUAUUUGCCUGUUAAGCUCGCUCUCAUCAAAUUGCGGGUGAGGAGCUGGUGGAAUGGGGUUAGCGGAGGGAAAGUGAAUCCAAUUAGGGACGAGGCCGAGGAAAACGAGGAGAACAGCAAGCGGCCGAAGACUUUCUGGGAAUGGCUCAACCGCUUCUUAGACAAUUACGAAGAGAUGGAUGCGGCCGAAGCACAACGCGCUGCUGCCCACGGAGGAGGUGAGAACGACAUGGAUUGGCUCACGGAGCCGGGGAUGCCCGGUGGCGAUGCUGAUUAUGCUGCCGGACGACCUACUGCCGGUAACAAUGGCGGGUUUGACGCAGGAGGGGAUGACUGGGAGGACUUUGAUGAUGGGCUGGUGGAAAGCUUGAUCAUUAUUGCGCUGGCGGGGGCGUUGGCUUUGUUGGUUUAUGCGAGGCAGCAGCAGCAGCAGGGGCGGAAUAACGCUAAUGCCAAUGAGGCUGCUCAACCGCAACAGCAGCCGCCUGCGCCUCCGCCAGCUGCUCCGGUGGGCAAUGCGGUGCCACCGCAGCAAGGCCAGGCUCAAGCACAACAAGACGAUAACAAUCGCGAUCCGGCACAGGGCGGAGAUCGGGGCAUGUUUCCUCCGCCGGGUGAUCCGAAUUUCAAUAAUUGGGUUGCCGGUGGGAUCGGGCACUGA